CCUGAAAAGAGACCAUUAUUACAAUCCUUUCCUUUUAACGGCUAGUUUCUGUGAAUGUUCCUUCAUCUUGUCUGAGCUAGCUAAACAGACACGCACCAAAUUAGACAAUACUCUUUCUCUCUCUCUCUGUUCUUCUAUACUCUCUCUGCGAAUUUCUAAUUUAGUGUAAGAUGGAGGCAUUUGAGCAUAUGAUAGUGGAUGAGUUUAACGAAGAAGACUUCUACGAGACAAUAGAAGCUCCCAAGUUUGUAGACCUCACCGCACCAGAUCAUCGCCCUGAAGGAGAUGAUCGUUACUGGUUCUGUUCUAGAGUUGGAUGUGAUCAGAAGCAUGAGGAAUUUUUGGAUUCGGAAGCAAUCUACAAAAAAUUCGUUCUUCGGGUCAUGGCAGCUAGGAGUCCAAGUGUUCGUCUUCGAAAAGCUCUUUAUAGAAAGGAUUUCAGUGUUGAUCCUAAAUGUCCUAACACGGUUCCUGCAAAGCCCUCAAGAUCACGUGUGUCUAAAUUGGCUAUGAUCUCAUCGAUUCCUCAGAAGGGUAAUGGUAAUAUCAGGUCAAAAGAAGUAAAAGUAGUUUCCACAAAUAAGAAUGUGACUCCAAAGGCAAAGGCAAAAGGAAAAGAGUCAGCAGUGAUCUCAUCAGUUCCUCAGAAGGCAUUAACUGAGAGGAAGAAGCAAAUGCAGAGCCCAGCAGCUUUUAGAAGUGUACAGAAUCCGAGAAAUGCAACAAUCAAGGUGUCGGAAAACAGAGUUGUUGCAAAGGCUUUAGUGUUUCAAUCUCCAAAGAAGUUGGUGAAACUGAAGAGAUCUGUGGAGCUUAGUUCCUCGGUGAAGAAGUUGUGUAAUGGGAUGAGGAAGCUUGAGAUUGAUAACAAAAGAAAUGGUUUGGGGGUUAAUCAUAAGGUUGUGAGUUCAGCGUCAUCUAGAAGACCUCUAAAAACACGAGAGGUGAAGAGCCGAGUGUUUGAUUCUCUGCGGUCACAGAAACAGAUUGAUCAAAAAGACAAAGGUGUCAGUACUUUGAAGAAGAGGGUUAAGAAAAAGGAAGAUCCUGUGCCUUCCUCUGAUCCUUUGAAACCUUAUGAUUCUAAUGGUAUGGAAGUUGAGGAUAAAACUAGUAGAGAUGAAGAGCUCUUGGUUGAAAACAAAUCUGAAGAAUUGUCAGACACAUCGAAGGCUAACAUGAACAAUCAGCUCCAGGCCAGAGAAGAUCCUGCUGUAAUAAAGGAGAGUGGACUUGCUACAUCACAGAAAUAUCAAAUCACAGAGAUUGAAGAAAAGGAAAGUGCAUUAGCUUCGGAGUGCGAGGACAAAGAGAAUGCUAAUAUUGUCGCGGCUAUCGAUAAAGAAGAUAUUGCUGUAAUUAAGGUGAGUGGACUAGAUAAAGCAAAGCAAUGUGAGACUGUGGAGAUUGAAGACAAGGAAAAUGCAUUGCCAUUGGAGUGUGAGAAGAAAGAAAAUGCUACUAAUGCAACGGAUGUUGAUAGGGAAGAUGAUAAGGAAAAUUCUUCAGCCUUGGACAAUAACAGAAAUCUCGACCAAGCCACCUAUCCUCUGUUGAAAAAGAAAGUCUUUGGCAAGAAAGAAAUUUGUAAAACUACUCAAAAGGUUAUGACAGUAGCAGACAAGUGUUUCAAUGGCAAGACUGUUUCGGCUGGUACCCGUGUCAAGUAUACAAAACCCAAGCUCACGAAUCCAAAGCCUUUUCGACUUAGAACCGAUGAAAGACAAAUUCUCAAGGAAGCAAAUACAGAGAAGAAACCACAAUGUACUCUUGCCAAAGAAGACACUGCCAGCAUUAGGGGGUUCCAUGGUGAAAACUUGGGUCCAAAUCAUCAACCAGUUCGAUUGGAGAAGAACUCAGCUUCCCGGUUAAAAGCUUCAAGAGGAACAUCCACAAAACUUGUCUCUGAAAAUAUGGUGGAUUGCAAGAGGGUUGCAUUAGGUAGAAAGAAGCAAGUGGCAAAUAAACGAAUCGAAACCGCGGAGCAAGCCUCGCAGAUGAAUGGAGGAUCUAAAGAAGUUCCAAUCAUCAACAAACCUUCUGUUUGUGUUGUUGCUUCGGGGGAGAAAAGACCUGUAACUGUCCCAAAGGGACCAAACUUCCAUUGUAUUCAUGUCCCUAAGAGCUGUACAAAGAGAGUGGCAUCGGAAGUCUAAGAUCGGGUUUUUAAAUAUAUCUGCAGUUUAAUUCACACGAGUCUUGUAAGUUUGGUUGAUCUUUGAGAAUUAACAGAAGUGAGAUUAUUUUGGGUGUAUAAAACAUUUGCUCAAUUUCCAGAUUAAUCAUUACAAAAAUUGUUUAAA